GUGGUAUGCCUGUCCUGUAGUUUUCUGGUCCUUACGGGCUGUUUCACCUACCGAUAGUAGCAGUUCUAGGACAUGGUUAGUAGGUUAGGUUGGCCUUCCUCGUGCAAGGCACUCCCUCCUCGCCAACGACUGUUGUUUUAGCUGCGGUGCGCGUUAGUGAUAACUAGUUGUCGCCUGGCGAUUGCUAUUGGUCGUUGUGAUCCACCUCAAGGUGCUCCUCAGUCGCAAUAGACGCCAUUGCUCGUACUGCUACGUGACCAUCUCUGAUCGGAGUUGAAAUAUAUAACCCAGUUCGUCUUGGGCCGCUGAAUACGUUAAUUCUCUCUGAGAGGGGGAACUCUUGCUGGCACGCUGUUCCACGCCGUUCCACGCCGUUUCACACCGUUUCACGUCGUUUCAAGAUGAGGCCUUCCGUUCUCUUGCCGCUGCUGCUGGCACUCUCACACGCAGCCUUCCCCGCGCUUGCGCAGAACCAAGGGUAUGACUACCGCGGCGACGGCCCCCCCGCAGGCGGGGGAACCAGAGGGACUUACGGGGGCGGGGGAAACUACGGCGGAGGCGGCGGGGGAGCGGGCGGAGCAGCACCGGGCCAGGGGGGGAACCGCUGGGCGGGAGGGGCAGCGGGCGGGUAUUCAAACGCCGCUGGGGGUCCGGGCGUGGGCGGGGGAGCUUGGGGCGGAAACGCGGGGGGAAAUGUGGCUGGCGCUGGUAAUUGGGGUGGUUUAGGCGCAGGGGGAACUGGGGCGGGUGGAGGCCCCGCAAUGGCUGGUUCUGGCGCAGUACAAGCGGACGCGACCAGUGGCGCCGGGGGAACAUGGGCGCAGGGUAAUCCGAACCAGGGCGGGUCUAAUACUGCGGCAUGGGGGGGCGCUGGUGCAGGAGCAGGGGAAGGCGCGGGCAUGGGCGCAGGGGCUGGCGCAGGUGCAGCUGCAGGACCGCCCAAUGGCGCUGGCUUCCCCAAUACCAUGGGAGCAGGGGCAGGCGGAGCAUGGGGGCAAGGUGCAGGGGGGAACCCAGGGGAGGGGAACACAGGUGGGGCAUGGGGGGCUGGGGGAUUCGGCCCAGGGGGAGCAGGAGGCGGAGGCAUGGGGGGAGCGGGCAUGGAGGGGGGGGACAUGGCGGGGGGAGGCCCAGCAGGCGUGUCAGGGCGACAGGCAUACGUGCAAGCGCAGCAGCAACUGCUGCAGGAGCAGGGGCAUGGGCCAACAGAGGGACAGGGUGCGAAUUUCAUGCGUGAUCCGCCGCUUAGUCAGGAGGGAUGCUUGUCUGCAGUGAGUCAGUUUGUAGAGAGUAUGAUGGUGGAGAUGCCCAAGGGGCUGGAUAUUCACGACCGGAAGCAGGAGCCGAUUAAAGACCUGCUCUUCUUCCUGCAUGUGCCGCGCACGGGAGGACGCACCUACCACCAAUGUUUCCUCAAGCCUCUGUUUCCGGUGUCGCUGCGCUGCCCGCGCUCCUACGACGAGCUCCGAUUUGACCCCUCCAAGCCCCAGUGUCGGCUGCUCUCCACGCACGACGACUACUCGCUCAUGGCAAAGCUGCCCCACGCCAACACGUCCGUGGUGUCGUCCAUGCGCGACCCCGUGGACCGCGUCCUCAGCGCCUACGAGUUCACCGUCGAGGUGGCGUCGCGCUCGCUGCACUGGGUGCCCAGCCUGAACCCCGGGGAGAGCUUGCUGGAGGCGAGAAGGAGCGCGAGGAAAAGGUUUACGAGGAUGUCGCGCGCGGAGACGAGGCGCGUGUGGCCCUGGAGCCUGCUCAUCCCGAUUAUGGAGGACGACCUCUGGCUCCGGCGCAACAGCACGGACAUCCCACCUCCACCCCCAGGCGCGGAGAGCCUGAACGGGUACGACAAGGGGUACCUGGUGAUGCCGCUGAUCGACUAUGUCAACAGCCCCGCCGUUAUGGACCUCAUCCACAAUGGCGCCACCUUCCACGUGGCGGGCAUAACACAGAACUCACGCUACCCCAACGCGCGCAUGCUGCGGCGCUGCGCGUCCACGUUCAAGGACUCAGGAGAGAAGAUCCUCACUCUCGCUAAGGCGCACCUGGCGAACAUGCUACAUGUGGGGCUCACAGAGGUGCAUGAGGAGUCGGCCAUUCUCUUUGCCGCCACCAUCGGCAGAUCCCUGCACUCUGCGCCACACAUCAACGACAAACCGAACAAGAGCCCAGAGGAAGCCCAGGCUGAGGCGAGCAUCACGCUGCUGGACCACUACAAGCGGUGUGUGGACAAGCAGCGCGCGCGCUACACUAUGCGCAGAUCACAGGCCAUGGGCGCGCUGGGGCCCCUCAACUUCUCGCACCAGGAGCGCAAGGGCAUUCGCAAGGAGGUGGUGCAGCGCAUCAGAGAGCUCAACAUGCUCGACAGCGAGCUGCUGGACUUCGCCCGCCAGGUCUUCAAGCAGCAGCAGUUGGCAUAUGCGGACAUGAUAAAGGCCGUGAUGGAGGAGUGGCCCAUCAACAACAGCACUGACGACAGCCACCUCGGCCGCAGGAGGAGACUCUCCUCGUCGUAUGCCUCUCCUGGCAGCAGCAGCAGCAGCAGAAUGUUUACAAGAGGAAGCCAGGUGACUCCUGGCACGGCUGCCACUGCUGCUGCUGACACUGCUUCUACUGCUGCUGGUGUUGGCGGUACAGUGGAGCAUGAGGAGUCUAGCCUCAUGCUGCAACACCAAGGAGACAUGAGUGCUGAUGAUGGGGAUGAUGAUGGGUAUGGUGACGAUGACGAUUGCCUGUCAUACUCGAUUGCAGCAGUGGCUGGGCAAGCAAGUGGCUCGUUGUAGAGCAACUCGUUGUAGGAAAUGCUACCAGAAGAGAGGUUCUGCUUCUGCAAUUUGUUUAUUGUUUGUGGAAAAUUCUGGGUCAUUUGCUUGUGUCACAGUCACUUGUUCUUUAAGGCAAAGCACCAUGCCUUGUGAUGUACGUUGCACACUAGCACCUUAGUCACAAUUUUGCACAUUCAUUACUGUUGGGCUGAGAAAAGCCCUAGGAUCUUUUCAGAGACUAAGUCCCACUUGU